UAGAAGUAGCCGUUGAGACGCUUUCUAUGAGCUGUCAGAUGAAACAGAUAGCCGUUUAAGGCGACUUUAAACCUCAUAAUUGUUUGAAAACGCUAAUGAAUCUAAUUAUUUGAAAGGCAGAGAAUACAGGUCUGCUCGUUGGAGCUAUAUUUACUGAAUUACACUCCUUUUCAGCGGUCGUCAUGGGUGAAGUGGAGCUGUCCUGUCGGGCUUAUGUGAAGAUGUACCUUCACUCAUGUUUGUUUCCGAGGUGCAGCAUCAACGGCCUGCUUUUAUCGUCCUCGUCAGCAGGUGGCGCUGUCUGUGUGACAGACUGUGUACCGCUGCUUCACUCACAUCUGUCUCUGGCUCCCAUCACUCAGCUGGCCCUCACACAGGUGGAUGUUUGGUGUUCUCAGACUCAGCAGAGGAUAGUGGGAUACUAUCAGGCCAAUGCCUGUGUAUCAGACAGUAGCCCGACGCCAUGUGCAAUGAAGAUAGCUGAUAAGAUUGCUGAGCAGUUUGAAAGUGCAGUUUUGUUAAUGCUUGAUGGCAGUAAAAUGUCUCCAGAUUAUCGGGUUCCUCCAAUUGUGAUGUACGAGCGCAAAGAUUCAAGAUGGAUGCUCAAAGACAAACACACGAUAAUGCUGCGACAGUGGGAGGAAACCCGGGAGAUCGCUAGCCAGAUGCUGGAGUCUGGAGACCACGCGCUAUUGGUGGAUUUUGACAGCCACUUGGAUGACAUCACAAAGGACUGGACCAAUCAGAAACUAAACAACAAGAUAGCCGAGCUGGCGUCGCCGGCUAACGGGAGCAUGUAGAACCAGAAGAGUCAGUUUGUACUAAAUCCAGAUUUAUUUAUGUUCUGACCUGACUUUAUCAUUACCAUCAUGUUUAAAUAAUAACUUUUAUAACCUUAAAUAACCACACAGAGUUUAGGAAUAUGUUAACUUUAAUGCAUUUUGACUGAACAUGGACAUGAGACAUGCAUAAAUAACAAAUAUUUACAGUUGGUGAAUCUCUGCAGUCUUCCACCUCCCCUCCCUCCCCCUCAGAGUGUGCCUUGUGGCUCAGCCCAACACCCUGUUGAUUUACAUGAAGUUCCACCUCAUAAACUUUCAACACUAAUACAA